GAAGAAUGAAGGGCAUCAAGCAGAAGAUAUGGAGUUUUAUAUUUCUAAUUUUUAAGAAGGACAAAUGCUAUGUGUCUCUUGGUUCAGAACCUGAUCCAAAAAUGUUCCCACAGUGUAUAAGACCACAUUCAGUGAAUGGGAAUAGUGAUAAUAGUCUUGUUGUUCCAGAAGGGUGCUUUUCUGUGUAUGUGGGGAAAGAUAAGAGAAAGUUUUUUCUUCCCAUUGCUUAUUUGAGCCAUCCAGUUAUACGAGCUCUUCUUAGAAGAAGUGCUGAGGAGUAUGGAGUUAGUCAAGCUGGGGUUCUCAGAAUCCCUUGUGAUGUGAAGAGUUUCCAACAUGUGUUAUGGCUGGUUCACAGCGAUCCCAGCGGGAAGGACAAAAACACAGAGGAAAUUGCUAAGCAUUAUUAUCUGGUAUGUGGCACACAACUCAUUUGAAGAUGUAGAUAGGUCAUCAUGAGCAGGACUUCAUUUUAAUGGGAAGAGCUUCAAGAAGUUCAAUCAGUCAGGAUGAACAUAUAUCUUA